GGAACCUCCAACCCCCCUUUUUUUACCCUCUUUGGAAUCUAAUCCUCCCUAAAAUUAGCCCCCGGGGCCGGUUCCCGGGCGGUGCCGGGGAUCAAUUUUCCCAAAACCUGCCAAAAUCUCCCCAAGGACAAAGGCCCCAAAAGCGUUUUUUACAGAAAAUCAACCCGGGGAUUUGGUCGAGGACCCUCUUGGAGGCGGCUCCGUUCGGGGGAAUCCGUCGGGAAUGGAGCCGGGGAAAAGGAACGCGGAUCUCGAAGAAUGGGACGCAAAAAUCCGGAAGUUGACGGAAGAAUUCGAGGAAAGUGACACAGACCUGGAGGAAUGUGACACCGAGAACGAAAUAGGUGAACUCGCAGCAGAAAUUGAUAAUCUGACGGCAGAGCUGGAGGAACGGGAGAGAAAAAUCAGCAAACUCACAGCAGAGUUGGGCGACUGCGACGCAAAACUCAAGGAACGUGAUAGAAAAAUCACCAAACUCGCGGCGGAAAUCCGUAGACUCACUGCGCUGCUUGGGGAUCGAGACUCGCGGCUCCGAAAACUGACUGCAGAACUCACAAAAUGCGACGCCACAAUCAGAAUAUUUACGGUGGAGCUUGGGGAGCAGCACACAAAAAUCGGUGAACUCACUGCAGACGUGGGCGUUUGCACCAAAAAACUCCAGCGAUGCGAGGCAGAACUCGAGGAGCGGGAGGUGACGAUCCGGGAAAACGAAGCGGAGCUCAGGCGCCUGAGGGAGCUUCUGGAGGAGAAGGAUUCGGAAAUUCGCAAGAAGGACGCUGUGAUUCAAGAAUUGAAGGAGCGGGAAAGUGAUGAAUCUUCGGAGGAACUGGAGGAGACUGACCCAGAGGAGGACGAACUCAGUGAAGAACUCGAUGAAAUCACUGAAGAUCUGGGGGAGCAGGAUAAAAAAAUGGAGGAAAUCACUGAGGAGCUCGCAAAACGGAGCACACAGAUCGAUGAACUCACGGCAGAGUUGGGAGAACGUGAUGCCAAAAUCGAGGAACUUUCUGCAGAAAUCGAAAAACGCGAUCAAAAAAUUGGUGACCUCACAACGGAAUUGGAGGAAUAUAAAGCCAAAAUGCGCAAAUGCCUGGCCGAGCACCGAGAAAAGGAAGAAAAAAUGGCCGACGUCACCCUGGACCCGGCCACGGCCCACCCCCGCCUGGUGCUCUCGCGGGACCUGAGGAGCGUGAGGUGGGAGUAUCUGCUCCGGGAGCUCCCCCAGGACCCCGCCCGUUUUGAGGCGGAUCCCUGCGUUUUGGGGCGCGAGGCCUUCGCCGGCGGCCGUCACUGCUGGGUGGUGGACGUGGCCCGGGGGCAAUACUGCGCCCUGGGGGUCUCCAAGGAGUCCCUGGGCAGGAAACGGCCCGUGGCCUUCAACCCCCAGGAGGGGAUCUGGGGCCUCCAGCAGUGGGGCUUCCAAACCCGCGCCCUCACCGACCCCCCCACCCCCCUGGACCUCCCCAGGGUCCCCAAAAAGAUCCGGAUUUCCCUGGAUUACGACUGGGGGGAAGUGGCCUUUUUCGACGCCGAGAAGGAAAGUCUCAUCUUCGCUUUUUCCCCCGUUUCUUUCGGCGGGGAACGGAUCCGCCCCUGGUUUUGGGUGGAGUUGGGGGUCCUCUCCUUGGUCCCGUGA